ACACACACACACACACACACACACACACACACACACACAAACACUCCCUCUCACUCCAAGACUAUCUUCUCCUACUCCAGAUGAGCGUGCCUUCUUGUCAGGGUGAGCAGAUUUGGAGCUGAAGGUGUGCUGUUGUUGCCAGGGAACUGCCAUUUGGAAAAGAGGACAAGAAAGGAAGAAACCCCUCUAACUGAAGAUAUUGAGGUGGAGGAAGCAUUUAAAGAGACACUGCAGUGGGCAUCGUUGAAUUAAAGUGCCACAUUGAGCUCCCUCAGCAAAAGCAGAACUUGACUAAACCCCAUUUCCUGGGAGUGUAAAGAGGACCCAGGGAGGACAGCGGGCUGCCAGCAUCUGUCUGGCUGCCCAGUAUCGCCAUCAUGACUGAGAGUCGAAGGGAAGCACUUGCGGCGGCGGCGCCCGAGCCCACCACCGCCUCCUCCUCCACAGCUGGCUCCAACACCACCAACAUGGCCGGCCCGGGCACCGGCGAGAAGGAUGAGGCAUUUUCCAAGCUGAAGGACAAGUUCAUGAAUGAGCUGAACAAAAUCCCAUUGCCAUCAUGGGCCAUUGUCUCUAUUGCCUUUGUGGCUAUCAUUCUGGUGUUAGCAUGCUGCUUCUGCAUCUGCAAAAAAUGGAUAUUCAAGAAGAAAAACAAAAAGAAGGGCAAAGACAAGGGCAAGAAUGCCAUCAACAUGAUGGACGUCAAAGAUGGAGCCAAAACUGAGGCCUUGAAGGAUGAGGAGGAUGCGGAGACAGGGCUGACUGAAACGGAGCAAGAGGCAGAGCCCAAGGAGGACCAGAAACUGGGCAAAUUACAAUACUCCCUGGAUUACAAUUUCACCGAGAAUACGCUCAUGGUGGGGAUCAUCCAGGCCGCAGAGCUGCCUGCUAUGGACAUGGGUGGCACAUCUGACCCAUACGUAAAGGUCUACCUGCUGCCGGACAAGAAGAAGAAGUUUGAGACCAAGGUCCACAGGAAGACCCUGAAUCCUGUCUUCAAUGAGCAGUUCACUUUCAAGGUCCCCUACGUGGAGCUCGGUGGAAAGACACUGGUAAUGACGGUUUACGAUUUUGACCGCUUCUCCAAACACGAUGCCAUCGGCGACAUCAAGGUGCCCAUGAACAAGGUGGACUUCAGCCACGUAACAGAGGAGUGGCGAGAUCUGAUUUGCGCUGAAAAGGAGGAGCAAGAAAAGUUGGGUGAUAUCUGCUUCUCUCUGCGGUACGUUCCCACUGCUGGCAAGUUGACCGUGGUCGUCCUCGAGGCCAAAAACCUGAAGAAAAUGGAUGUGGGAGGCUUGUCAGAUCCAUACGUGAAGAUCCAUCUGAUGCAAAACGGCAAGAGGCUGAAGAAAAAGAAGACGACAAUCAAGAAGAACACCCUCAACCCUUACUACAAUGAGUCCUUCAGCUUUGAAGUCCCAUUUGAACAAAUCCAGAAAGUGCAAGUUGUUAUAACUGUUCUGGACUAUGACAAGAUCGGCAAGAACGAUGCCAUCGGCAAGGUCUUUGUGGGCCUCAACAGCUCGGGCACGGAGCUGCGCCACUGGUCCGACAUGCUGGCCAACCCCAGGAGACCCAUCGCCCAGUGGCACGUACUGAAGCCUGAGGAAGAGGUGGACGCUCAGCUCUCCACCAAGAAAUAGGCAGGGCCCUUUCAGCACCUGCCUUGUAGUACUCUUUAGCCAGUAUGUGUAAAUACCUCAGUGAUAUAUGGGUCCAUCCAUUUAAGCCCCCUCUUUUCCCCACCUAUCAAACUCUCCCAGCUUUACCGCCCCUAAUAUCACAAACAAUCCUAAUUCGUCAAACGUCUUGCAACAUCCCACCUUCUGCUUUUUUUCAUCAGGUUCCCUACUUUCCUUACGUUCUUUUUUUUUUGUUCCUCUCUGAUUCAGCAGUUUUUGUUUUCCAUCUCCGUGCCCUUAACCACCCCGACCAAAUGCCCCCUUCUUUUAAGCAAUAUGAUCUGUAUAGAUAGCGCAUGACUGAAAGAAUUUAUUGUACCACAGUUGUAUAUAUAAGUAUGCAGACAAAAAUGAUUUCUAGUUUAUGUGUUUGUAUGUUGUUACCCGUUUCCUAAUCUGUGUAUAUCUUGAUGUUUUUAAUAAGAUGUUCUAUUUUAAAUUAUGUAAAUGCAGAUAUAGAGGAAAGCCAAUAUUAUAUAUCCCAGGAUUUAAAAUUACCUUAUUACCUUAUUGCAUUCCAGAAAAAAAAGAAGAAUUCCAACCUGCAAGACACUAGUGGAAAUAUAUUCACAUUGUAAAGAACAAUGUCUGGCUUUAAGUUCGGCAAAGGAUCAUCAAAAAGACAGAAGAAUAUAUACACAUAAAACUCAAAUAACACAAAAUAACAAAAUAUACGGCCAUUAACUACUAUGGUUCUGAGGGAAAGAAUAUGCUGCUGGAAAUUAUACAAGCACAUGAUUUCUUAUGACUUUUUGUACUUAUUUCUCAAUCAAAGGACCUGUAUGUUUAGCUUGAUGCACACUGUUACAAGAAAAUAGUUAAUGCAAACCAGUUAGCAUUUAUUUUCUCCAUAUUUGGCAGUUUAGGUGAAAUAGGUCCUCGUUUUAAAGGCCAUCAUUCACUUGAACUGGCUCAUUUUCUUUUCCAAAAACCCUCAACCCUUACAAAAUAGACCCCAAGUGAAAAAAGCACCAAGCUGUAGCCAUUGUGUCCUUAAGCACGUUUAACAAUAUUUUGUUAACUGUUUACUUUAAACAGCCUCAGCGAUGUUGGAAGUAUAUCGCAUUUAGGCCGGGGUCCGAUCUUUGAGAGGGAGUUAAAAAAGAAAUAAAAAAAAAAAGAGUUGUGACUCUGGUUUUAAGAGGACUAUUUUUUAGAGCAAUUCAACGUCUUGACUAUUUUUCGUAAACUGCAUGAUUUUUUUUACAAUCUUUACUAAAGGCUGGGACGUGGGGAGAUCUACUGACACCAGGGGCUUUCUCUUCUGAUAUGAUCCCCUUGCCUUCAAUCAGAGGAGAGAAAAGAAAAAUCAAGAGUAAUGUCUAAACAUUGGGUCAAUGUAUAUGAUUAUAUUGACAGAGGUGAAGCGAGUUUCUAAACACUGCCAUUUUCAGAGGUGACUUAUGUAAAGACCGUCUCUUCAUGCACACUCCCAAUUGCUAGUGGUUGUAGCUUUGGUUUAUUGGGAACAAUGUAUUUGGCUGCAAUGGUGCCCUGAAUCGCAGUCUUUGCUUUGCGUUGCCUUCUCACAGUGACAAUAGAGUUAGCCAUGUUUUACUGCCAGUUUUUACUUUUAUGUGGCUGCUUUUUUGCACUGGAUGUCUUUAAACUAGCGUGUUGACUUAUUUGAAACUAUUUUGGACAAUUGUUAGGCUGGCUAUAUUUCAGGACACCUGCAGGGGCAGCCAGAAAUUUGCCUGCUCGAUCGGCUUGACUAAAAAAAACGAAAGAAAGCAAUGAUGACAAAUCACGUUUCAGCCAGUUACGUCAGUUUUGUUUUCUUGUAGGUACAGGACUACACCAAGAGAAUGGGAAAUAACCGUAAAGUUAAUGGUCUGCGUAGGCUACUAGUCCAUUACGUCCUUCACUACGGGUCCAAUUAGCAAAGGAAUAAGUUUUAAUCCAUGAAAACCAUGAAGUCUCUUAUCUUGGAGGAACCUCUUGCAUAUACUCGAUGCUAGCUUCAGGAGGACUUUCUAAAUGUUUUCAAUGUUAUUGUGUAGUUGAUAGCACUAUUAUGAAAAAGCUACUUGUCAUUCCAUAGGAGUCUCUGAGGACUACUUUGUGUAUCACUGUGACUGCCGUGUGUGCUUAGAGAUGUAGACUUAUCAGUAGGUAGCGAAACCAGUUUGUUCUGUAGUGAUGUUGUAGCGUUUAAUGCCAUUUUCCCUUCUACAUGCAGAGAAAGAGAGAGUGUGCGCGUGGCGUCGCCCGACUGCACGUGGCAAAAAGAAAGACGUUUUAUCUGAGCGCGAGUGGGUCACUUCACACAGCAUUUUGUUGAGCACUGUGCAAUACUUGUAUGUUCAUCCCAUAGUGUUCACGUGGGUGGCGUUGCCCGAGAAAAAAUAAAUAAAAGAUUCUAAUGAGGAUGAUUCCAGUCCAGAGAGAUGUUUCUCCUUUCCAGUGAAAUGGUUAGGACACAGCACACUUGGAUUCAGCUUACAGGUUGGAGCUUGACACCUGUCGACCUAUGUUUAGGGUUCCCUCCCUUUUCGCAGGUCUGUUUUCUCUUCUUGCACGCAGCAUCAGAAGUUUCAGGGAGUAUUAGUUAAAUACCAAACAAGAUUCUACAUUUAAUAUCCCCUUAAAAUGCCGUGUAUAUAUUUACAUAACUGUGUCAAAAAUGUAUAUCUAAAAUAAAUAUAGUGACAUGAAUAGGAUUAUUCAGCCGCAGAUAUAAUUUUAUCCAUCUAUCAUUAAUAUGCUAUAUCUCAUUGUCAUUAUUUCCUUUCCAUUUAUGGAUUUCUUUUUUAUUUGGUAACUGCCCUGUUCAAAAAGAACUUUUAUAUUUGACAUGAAAACUCUGAAUGUACAGUAUGGACUGUGUUGGUGUAUAUUACUUUAGUUGUGAGAUUAGAUGUACUUUGCACUUUUUGUUGUUAAGAAAUGUGUCCCUUUUUUAUAUUUUUUUCAACUGUUAGGAAUUUAUUUCAUAACCCUUUGGGGUAAAAUCUCCCCUGUCUGAAUGCAUUCAAAAAUCAUUGAAUAUACAUUAAUAUAGCUGCACUCCCAAUCCUUCUUCAACCAAGGGAUUAUUUUAUGUGACAUGUUUUACAUAUGUAGAUUAAUGAAUUUCAGUACAGCUUCAGAUUUAAAUGAAAAAAUCAAUGAAAGUACAUUGCAAAAACGGCCUGAGCAAUUCAAUAUUAAUGCAAAAAGGUUGUACUACAGGAAUUAUCAAAUCAAGCUGAAAGAAAAUCUGAAUUAUGACAGAAAUAAACAUGUAGGCUAUAAAUCAGGAAAUUCAGUAACAGGCAGCAUUGCGGAACCCAUCGGAUUGCGAGGUGUGGGGGAAAAACCACAAAGCCAUUACCUGCACCGCAAUGCAAUGCUCCUCUUAUUGCGAUUUGCUACCAAAGUAGGCCUAUGCAUGCAUCAUCAAACCCUAAAUAUUUCUCUUGUAAAAAGAAAAUACCUUAUCAAGCUCUCUGUGUGACAAGGAACUCAAGAUUCUCUCCAGUGGCACUGACAAAAAGCCACACUGACCUUUCAAAAACAAAGCUGUGUAAAGUAUUAGAAUCUGAUGCUGUAGAAAGAUCCUAGUUGCCUUUGUGUAUAUCAACUGCCUGCUUGAGUAUUUUGUGUGUGGAAAUUUUCUCUGUAAUCUUGUAGAACUGUUUGGGGUGUUUUUUCCUGCCAUAUUGCUCGCGGUGACAGCGAGCCGCUGACAGUUAUAUUUGCUGUGUAUACCUUCAUUUUUGACGAGGUGUUUUACAGUUUUGUUUCACUUUGUGUAGUGAUUCACUCUGUGCAGUUUUCUGACUGUUGUUAUAUAACUUCAUAUACACAAAUGAUCAAUAAAAAUGUUUUAUUUCCUGUUGAUA